ACAGUCUGCAGCUGGACGACCAGCGAGACCCUUUUUUCUUUGUUUGAUUGACAGCUCUGACAGCCAAUAGGAAGCCAGCAUGACCCCCGCGAAGCUCUCCUUAAAAUCCCUCCACCGGGCUCUCGCGCACCAGCAGAUGGCGGUUUCCCACUCUUGCGCGAGACACGGCGAAGUCAGCAGCACGAGCGGAGCAGGUGGAGCGCGAGCGACACGGACUUGAAGCGGAGCGACAAGAGCGUGGAUGACUUUUACAUCCUCCCAGACUUUAUCUGUCACUGCCGGACAAAAGGACGAGGGGAAAGGGGGCAUUAAAAACAAAAAAACGACAACCAGUUGGAAGCUGGGGGAGAAGAGGAGAAACCUGAAGCCGAGAAGAAGAGAAGGAGCUCGGAUAGCCUGUGACGGGAGUGUGUGGACCAGAGCCGUCCUCUGCUUCCCUUCCGCAGGUAGCGACCUCUCACCAUGCAGCACUACGGGGUGAACGGCUACUCACUGCACGCCAUGAACUCCCUCAGCGCCAUGUACAACCUGCACCAGCAGGCCGCGCAACAGGCGCAGCACGCACCCGACUACAGGCCGUCCGUGCACGCGCUCACACUGGCGGAGAGACUAGCUGACAUCAUCCUGGAGGCUCGCUACGGCUCUCAGCACCGCAAACAGCGCCGGAGCCGCACGGCCUUCACCGCACAGCAGCUCGAAGCGCUGGAGAAGACCUUUCAGAAGACCCACUACCCAGAUGUGGUGAUGAGAGAGCGGUUGGCCAUGUGCACCAACCUGCCCGAAGCCCGUGUACAGGUUUGGUUCAAAAAUCGCAGAGCCAAGUUCCGUAAGAAGCAGCGCAGCCUCCAGAAGGAGCAACUUCAGAAGCAGAAGGAGGCGUCAGGGGAAGGAGGGAGCGAGAAGGAGGAUGCGCCUCCCUCCACGACUAUCCUUCAUGACACCCAGCUCCCUCCUUCAUCGUCUUCUUCCUCCUCCUCUUCUUCUCUGGAGGCAGAGGGUCCUAUAGUCCGUCCUGUACCGCUGGACAUGGAGCUGAAUGUCACGUCAGCAGAACACUCUGGCAGUGAGUCGGCGACGGAGGAUAAUGCCACAGAUAAGGAGGACGAGAGUAAAUCUCAGAGAGAGGAGAUGAAGUGUGAGAGAGCAGUGACUCCUGGGGACGUCUCUCCGGCUUGCAAAAGACUCAGCCCUAAACCAGACUCUCCCUUGGUCUCUCCGUCCGUGACCCCCUCCUCCUCCAGCGGUGGCCUGGCCAGCACCGGUCCUCUCUCUCAGAGCCACUCUUACUCUUCCUCCCCUCUCAGCCUGUUUCGUCUGCAGGAGCAGUUCCGCCAGCACAUGGCUGCCACCAACAACCUGGUGCACUACCCUGCGUUUGACCUCGCUGCCCCAUCUUCACUCCCCUACCUGGGGAUGAAUGUUAACAUGCCCCCCGCGCCGCUGGGCUCUCUGCCCUGCCAGUCCUACUACCAGUCCCUGUCCCAUCAUGCCCAGCAAGUUUGGAACAGCCCACUGCUGCAGGCGUCGGCUGCAAGUGGCCUCACCAGCCACAACAACAAGACCACCAGCAUUGAGAACCUGCGUCUGAGGGCCAAACAGCACGCCGCCUCGCUGGGACUAGACACAAUGUCUAACUGAGAAUCAGACUGUAUGGAGGACAAUGUAAACUAGGCCAGAGCCUCGGCCUACACAUCACCCCAUCCUACUGCGUGUCUGUGUGACUGUGAUAGUUCUUUAGGAGCCGUAUACUGACCUCUUCUUGAGUAGAUGGGCAGAGGACAUGCAGAUAUGUCCAAAAAUAAAACAUGCCAACAAGCUCUGGACCUACAGAACUCCAUUUAACAGCAUUUUAAAACACUUCCACAGCUUGUUUGACUCCUCUACACUUCUGUUGCAGCUCAAGGUCCAAAACUACAGGAAAAGAAAACCCACAAGAUGAUGAACACUGCUCAAAAAAUGCGACGUAUCAAGUGAAUGUCCCGACUAAAGAGGAGAGUGAACGUGUUUCUGGCUCAUAUGAUUACAGACAUGUAAUGCUGGACCUUCUAAGCAAACAAACAAAAAAGAAAUCACUGAACAUGAUGUACACAGUCGAUGAUGAAUGCACUCCGUUUUAAAGACAAUGCAAAUAAUGUUUACAAGGAUAAUGUGAAUAAAUGAGGCACUUUUGAAGGAAUUAGGCUCGUUGGCCAGGAGGAACAAAGGUAUUGCUCAUGCAGCAAAAGAGAGUCACAGGACCAUUGACAUUUCAAUUAAGCAGCGCGGUUAUGUACAUAGCAUGUACUACAUAACGGCACAUAAAUAAAAAUAAACUUCAAGCCAUGUUGUCCUCAACAGCAUAAUUAAAAGUGACUAAUUUACCAGUUUAAUGGCCAGUAAUAUGCCACUUUGUACAGAGGCUGGCUUGAUAAUGAGAAAAUGAUUUCAGUGAGUAAAUUCUCAAAGCUUUUAAUUACAUUUUGCCCUGGGCUGAGGAAGCGGGGGCAAAUGCAAUUAUGAACAUGCAUACCAUUUAAGACCGCCUUUAUGAAUUCAAAAGGUCUGCGCACUAAAACGGUCAAUUAAGGUAGCAACAUGACUGACAUCACUUUACCAUGGGGGUUGAUCAAUUUCUGUUGAAUACAAAAUGACAUGGUAAACAAAUUUGGACUUUUGGAUAUAAAUGUCUCGAUGCAUAUUUUAUUCUCGCCUUAAUAUUCUCUUGAGGAAACAUGCAGCUUUUCACUGAAAGUCAGACCGACUGUUAGCACUUGAUGAGGAGAAUCACACACGUCUCUGAUGUUUUCUGUUAAUGUGUUCUGGAAGCUAAUGUCUUCAUAUGAAAAAAAAA